CAGCUGGAAGAGGCUCCACGGAAAGACUGCUGUGGAAACGUGGAGAGCGGGGAAAUGAAGAGGGACACGUCACUCAUCACAAGCUGAAAUGCAGAGGGGGUGGUGAGGAGAAGAGGAGCAGGGAGGCAGAGAUUUGGAAGCCUCGUCACAGAAGGACUGGCCUCAAGAGCACAGAGCAGGGGAAAUUCAAGGUCCUACAAACAGCCAUGGUGACUCUUCCUCUUUUCCUCUUCUUCAUCCUCUUGCCCUGCAGUAAAUCCCAGGAUGACUUUCUGGAGCAGCAUCUGAAAUGGAACUACAGAGAAGGCGCUGACAAGGUCAACAUAGAAGGCAUUAACAGCAUUACUCAAACACUUGAGAAAUGGGGAAACAGCAUCUUCUGGCAAAUGAAACACACCCUGCUGAACAACCCGAAUGCUUUACUACCCGAGUUCUCCAGUCUCCGCCCUGUCUCUGCAGCUGUGGACAAUCUCGUGAGGGAAGUCCAUUCGAUAAGGAAAAGGCUAGAAGAACUAAAUGAGCGCCUCAAUGUCAUCAACAAAACCAUCCUUCCCAUCCAACUGAACGCCCUGCAGAGCCAGAGGCGUGGAAAUACUCAGCUGCGGAGGCUUCCGAUGCAUAGGAGAAGGUUGUAUGCUCGCAGAAGACCUCAGAGAAGUUAAUUCGCUACUGGAAAAAGAAAAAGAAAUCUUUAUUUUUUUCAUCUGCUUAAGCCUUUCUCCAUGAGAUGCUGCUAGAGAGAAUAAAGUAAACCACAUACGAGUCAGUUUUACUAAGGAGACCAGAACUUCUGCAUUUUGCUGCUGCCUUUCAAACCUAGGUCAGUAGGUGAAAUCUGACUCUCUUCUUCAGUGAUGGCUGUUUUGUGUCCCAAGCAGAACAAGGUGACAAGCUCAGUCUACUUGAGUGUGAAUACCUUCAGGCUAUACAGUCAUUCUUUACGCUUACCAGAGGAAGCUCUUUCUAUAAAGAUCAGGUGAAUUUCUCUCUCUGCCCUAUUUUUACAGCACUCCAUCAGAAACAGCUGGGGAAUUUGAUAUUCAAAAGUGCUAGAUGCCUGAUGAAUGCAGAAAGAUAGAUUAGUGCUUGGCACUUCCAGCUGGGCAGGAAGGGGAAGAGGAAGCUAUGUUUUAAAAUACAACCUUAACCUAUUCUCCAUCAGUGCAAAGAAUGCCCCGUUCACAUGUUCAGAGGGUGGGUAGGGUUGGACAACCUUGGUCUGUGCAUCGUGUUUCAAGACUGAAGACGUGUCAGAUUCUAGGGACCAAAUUUGAACGUCUAUCUUCUGCAAAGAGAUUUUUUUUAGCUACUUGGACUGUGCACUCAAAACUUUGUUGUUCAGCAAAUAUGUUCACAAUUUUCAGUGCUCUGAAAGAUCACUUGACUUCUGCCAAGAUCCUUAGAAAUCAUGGGAUGUUUCUUCAAACCUAUUUAGAUACCUAAUGGCAUAGGUAGGUGUGCAAAAUACCUUAAGAGACAGUUCAGUCCCCAAAAUCACAGAUAAUAAUCCAAUUGGUGUCUAAUUUGCAGGGGUAUCUUCUCCACAUGCAAGCACUGACCUCCAGACCUUUUCCAACAUCCUUUAGUGCAAUUAAGAUCUGUAAAAAAUAUAAUGGAAUAACUAUACAACUCAAGGACUUUGGUGCCUCAGGGAAUACCCAUAAUACCGUGUCUUUCACUUGUCUUUGCCAUGGCUUUCUGAUGGUAAUAAAAUCUGGUGAUAAAAUCUGGGCAGAAAUCAAAUUAUGCAAUAGAUAGAGUGGGCUUGCCCUUCAGGUCUUUAAAGGUAAAUCCAAUACAGAAAUUCCCAUCCAACGUUGCAACCAACUGCUUACCUGAAAUCUGUUGAAACACAGGCAGAUGAGUCAGAGAGGAAAAUAAACUUUAUUUUUAAAGGUCUGGAUGAAGCAAUUUAUGAGAACAAAAAUAAAGAAUGGACUAUGUCUCAAUGGUUGUGGGGGAGGCUGGCAUGACUGUUGUUUUGCAAACACUCCUCAAUCAUAAACAUUGAGGAUGCAGACUAGCUAUUUAAGGAUUCCCAAGGCCUGAGUUUAUAGAAAGAAGUUCAGUUACACUACAAUAACCUCCAGAGGGAAAAGGGAAAAACUAGUUUCGUAUGAAAUCUUGCAAAAUGAGCCAGAAGAAGUAACACAGUCAGCAUUUUGGCUGUGACCUGGGAGCUGAGUGGGGGAGGUGAGAGGAAUAUAUGAAACAAUCUGAUAAAUACUUCCCGGAUGUAAAUUCUCUGAGUUCAUGUUUUCAAAAAGUAACAAAACUCUAACUUGGAAGGUCUUUCUUUGGCUUUUGCUUGGGAAUUUGAAAUGCUGCUUAACUAGAGAAGGGAAAAAUCAAGCCUGUGAAAAGGCUGGUAAAAGAUACAGUUGUGCCUUUGGUGAAGUUGUCAUCAUAAAUUCUCAGGAAAUGUAGAGUAUUUUAAUCCCAGAAUAUAUUUACCUAAAUUACAAGGAAUGACAGGAGUGAAAGGCCUCAUCAACCUCCUCCUUGUUAUUCUGCAUUCAGAGCUACUAGGCUGUGCUGUAGCUGCUGGUCCCUCCAGGGGAUGCUUUACACACUUGCUUAGAGACUGCUGGUCACUUUGGCCUACCUUGAGGAAGAAUACAACAUAAAUGUCAGCUUUCAUGUUCAUAUUUCAGAUGUAAGAAUUUUAGCAGGCAACCUGAAGUUGCAUAAAAUCAACUGAGGACUACUUCUAACAGUCACAGAUGGCUGGAGGUGGGAGGCUAGACCAGAUCACUGCAUGCUUUUAUUUUUUACCUCGAUGUCCACCAUCAGCUUUUGCAAGACCCAGAGGACUGGGUCUGCCUCAGUCCAUGUAUUCCUACGCAGAUAUGUGCAAGUUGGUAUUUUUGGCAAAGCUCCGCAGCUCCAUGGAGAAACUCCAAACUCCAUUUGUUUCAAAAGAGAACAAAUAAGCUGCAGCACACAAACUAUAUUACAAUUUUGUAGGCUUUUUCUUGCAUAAUGGUGAAUAAACCAAAAAAUAUAAAUGGUUAAUGAAUGACUAGAUCUGUGACCUUGUCACCACUGAUAACAGCCCCUGUUAUUCACUCUGUGAAAGUCCAUGUAAGGCUCCAGCCCUUUUCCGUGGCCUGAGCAUGAUCUGUUUGAUCAUAUGAUAAUGGCCAGCUCCUUUAACUUCUUUGCCAUUGCACAACCCUCGCUCUCUAGAAGGAAAUUCUUUAAUGUCACAUUUCUUUUAUCAUUUUCUUUUUUUCUUCUUAAAAGUAUAGGAAAGUUAUGCAUCAGCCUGCUCCUGCACUACUCACCUUCUAUUUGAGAGGGCAGGAGUUGAGCUGAGGAGGCUCUGUCUCCUUUUCCUGGUGAAGUUGGUCUGAUCCAUGGCUGCCCCAAGGACCGAUAUUCAAUUCCUGCCUCUGCUGCCCUCUUAAAUGAUCCUGGGCAAGGCACUUUCUCUGCCUGGCAUUGGUCCUUUGAUGUGCCUUAUACAGCUACAACUCCCUUGUGAUCAUGAAGGAUCUAAGUCCUCCACGCACAUAAACAGACCCAGCUACCUAAGCCACCUCAGCUCCCCGUUGUGUUUAUUUACAUGUAUUUCUCGGAAGGGACCUGGCUGAAGUUUUAAAGGGAGCUGACCGUCUGGGCUGUGACAAACGCGCCAAGGUCAGCGGAGGGAGAGCAAAUAUCAUCGGUGGCAUCCAAGAUCUACUCCAUAAAGGUCACGACAUCCCCAGAGCCAUGAAGCGCCCACUGAAAUUCCGUGUCUUAAAAGAACGCAGUUGUGAUUCCCUUUCUUAGCUCUAUUUAUUAUUCAA